CCAACCAAACAACUCCUUAACACAAACAUCACUCUCCCUUGUUUUCCACUAUUUUCUUACGCAUCACUUUCUCAGCAAUUUCUACUCUUUUCUCUUCUCUAUAAAUACUAACAAAAACUAACCCAAUCAAAAUCAAAAUACUUCUUCACAAAUCCCUAAUCCCUAAAAUCGCUAAAAAAAAAUCCCAAUUCUCAAACCUCACUGUAAUGGGUGCCGUCGUUGAGUGUUUACCGUCGCCGCAACAAGCGGAGGAGCUGGCGGUUCUUUCACUGAACAAGCUGCCGUUAGGGUUCCGGUUCCGGCCUACUGAUGAGGAGCUUGUUGAUUUUUAUCUGAGGAUGAAGAUCAAUGGAAACGGUGAUGAAGUUUGGGUUAUUCGUGAAGUUGAUGUUUGUAAAUUUGAGCCUUGGGAUUUGCCUGAUUUAUCGAUUGUAAGGAACAAGGAUCCAGAGUGGUUCUUCUUCUGUCCAAUGGAUCGGAAGUAUCCGAAUGGGAGCAGAUUGAACCGCGCAACAACUAACGGGUAUUGGAAAGCGACAGGAAAAGAUCGAAAGAUUAAGUCUGGUGCUACCUUAAUUGGAAUGAAGAAGACUCUUGUUUUCUACGCUGGUCGUGCUCCGAAGGGGCAGAGGACUCAUUGGAUUAUGCAUGAGUAUAGACCUACCUUAAAAGAGCUUGAUGGCACCAACCCUGGACAGAACCCAUAUGUCCUUUGUCGCUUGUUUAAAAAGCAAGAUGAGAGUCUUGCAAGUUCAAACUGUGGUGAAGCGGAGCAGACUACUUCAACUCCUACGACUGCCAAUUACUCUCCAGAAGAAAUACAGUCUGACCUAAAUCUGGUUCCUCUAUCUUCCUCACUAGCGACAGAAGAUGAAAGGCACCUAGCAGCUAUCCCUGAGAACUCCGAGGAAGCAAUGUCCCACGUUAUAACCACAGCUGAUUGCUAUAGCGAUGCAUGUAAUGCUUCUGAUGCACAACAUCAGAGUUUAGAAGUACCGGCUGCAGAGGAAGAUCAGCUGUUAAACUUGGACAUAUUUGACAGCCCACGAUUUGAGCUUGAGCCAUGGGAUGAUAAGUUAUUCUCCCCAGCCCAUGCACACUUUCCACCAGAAUUUGGCCAUCAAGCCAACAAUGAAUUAAUUCAGUAUGGUACAAAUGGGACAGAUGUUUCGGACUUUUUUGACUCGUGUGUUAAUUGGGACGAGUUCUCCAGUGAGGCGUCUAUCAGUCUUGAGCUAAGCCCAAACAUUUUUAAAAUUCCGGAAAAUGGGUCGUGCAGCAACUCGGAUGUGGAAAUGGCCAAUAUGAUGAACCUGCUAGCAUCACAUGAUUAUCCCGAGGGAGUGACUCUGCAAAACAGUGAUGUAGGGUUGUUUCAGAACAAUUCCCAGAUGACUCUUUCUAAUGAUUUUAGCAUGGGACAAAUGCCCACUGUGGUAAAUGAAUAUGAGCAAAUGUGGAAUUCGGAUACUGUUGUCGAUGGCGGCACUGGAAUUGGGAUAAGGUCUAGACAAAGACAAAAUGAACAACCAGAUAUGAACCAGGUGAUGCAAGCACAAGGAAGUGCACCAAGGAGAAUACGAUUGGGAGGAUUUGUUGCGCGUUCCCUGGUUUCUGAGACGACGGAAGAUGGGAGUUGUGCAUCAGAAUAUGAGCAAUCGAGGAUUUUGGAUACUGUUGUCCUUGGUGAUGACACUGGUAUAAGGAUAAGGCGUCGACAAAGAAGAAAUGAAGAGCCAAACAUGAACCCAGUGAUGCAAGCACAAGGUAGUGCACUGCGUAGAAUACGAUUAGGAGGAUUUGUCAAGCAUUCCCUUGUUUCCGAGGAGACUACAAAAGAUGAGAGUUUGCAGGAGACGGAAGCUUCAGAAAACCAUGCUGCUGCUGAGAGUGCUUCCGUCCUAGAGAAGACAUCUCCCAUGUCAGCAAGAGAGAUCUGUGAGCAACAUGUUACAACUGCAGAAUCCAACUCGGGGUCGAAAAACUUUCUGUUGGGCAGGGUUCGGUGCACUUCAAAGACAUCCUCGAUCAGCGCUAUGCGGUCUACUGUUCUUGCAUAUUCUGCCAUUGAUAUGACCAUACCCAAGUUCAAUUACUAAGCAAAGAGAGAAAAGUGAACUUAAGCACGUACAAUGAGGACUCAAAUGCAUACAAUGAUGGUGGAAUUCAUUGUUCAAGGGUACUCACAAUCUCCCUAUCACAACUUUGGUCCAACCAACCUACUAUAGGUUUGAGCCCUUGUUUUCACUUAGAGCACAUAUGGCUGAAGCAAGGCUAGGUUCUAGUGAUUCAUUCACUAAACAUUGCAUGACGGUGAUUCGAGAACAUUACUUGAAGGUGUAUACGUCGUCUUUGAAGUGGUCCACGACUCAAAUUAUUGGCCCGAGUAUAAAGGUUUGUCAAUAUGCCACAAUCCAACCAUGCGAAGGUUAAAGAAAGAUUUCCCAAACAAUAGUCGCAUUACGAUUGAAAUGGACGCCUUAGAAAAACAGUUAAGAUAAAUAUGAACUGUGUCGAAUGUCCGGUCAUAUCCGCAAAUAUUAUCCUUAGAAAAUUGGCUUUGCUACUUAGUUGGAAGUAGAUUUUUUUAGAUGUCACGAUUAGCAUCGUUCCAAUAUUCUUUGAGGCUCCAACAGACAAGAGGCUUCAACAGCAACAAGAAAUGGUUUUCUAUAAUGAGGUUAAUGUAGUUGGUGCAGACUCUAAUGGAUCGUGUUGGUCUAUUCUACCUUGCUAUUCAA